UAUUCAGUGGAUAUGGGAGGUGUGGUAUUGUCACAACAGGGUUGCACUCACGUCUGUCAGAAAUCUAUUCUAGAACCAGCAUGCUGCAAAGGAUUCUGGGGCUCUGCCUGCACAGAAUGUCCUGGAGGAUCUCUGCAGCCUUGCAAUGGACAUGGGACCUGCAUGGAUGGACUCCAAGGCAAUGGGACUUGUAUGUGUGAUGAGGGCUUCUCCGGUUUUUCCUGCAACCAGUGUGCUGAUCCAUUUCUGUAUGGAGUGAACUGUAACUCUGCUUGUCAAUGCAAAAAUGGAAUAUGUAAAAGUGGAAUUACCGGGGAUGGAAGCUGUAUAUGUGAAGCUGGUUAUAUGGGCUCGACAUGUGAUAAAGAAUCCUUGUCCUGCAAAGCUCUGAAUUGUGGGGAAAAUGCUCGUUGUUCGCAGAUAGGAGGAAUCAUUAGAUGUGAUUGUAUGCCAGGAUACAGCAAAAAAGGCAACAUCUGCCAAGCCACGGAUGCCUGUAAACCUUCGCCGUGUAGCCUCUUUGCUGAUUGCCAAUCAUUAGGGCCCCGACAAUACAAAUGUGCAUGUAAACCUGACUACUAUGGGGAUGGAAAGACAUGUCUUCCCUUCAAUCCAUGUUCUGUUAACAAUGGAGGAUGCUUAGAAAAUUCAACUAGAUGCUUAUAUCGAAGUGCAGGAAAGUCUUAUUGCAGUUGCCUCCCUGGAAUGACAGCUCGAACUGGUAUUAAGGGGUGUUCUCCGCCCCAAAGUUGUCAACCAUAUUUUUGUAGUAAAAGUGCACAGUGUGAAAUCGUAUCUCCUGGAGUACACAAGUGUGUUUGUCAGGAUAGAGAAAUUGGUGAUGGCAAAAGCUGCUACGGGAGCCUGUUAUAUGAGAUUCAGAAGCUGCAUAUUGAGGAGGGACCGAUGAGGAAACAGCCCGGUGCACUCCGGCUAUUUGAGGACGGAUGUGGACUGACAUUGCGGAAAUAUGGUCCUUUCACAGUAUUUGUUCCUCUAAUGAAAACAAUUCCAAUGAAUGAAACCACUGCUAAACAAUUUUGUAAAGUUCAUAUUGUUCCUGGUCAGCAUAUGAUAAUGGAUUCCAUUCCACUUGGCAAACUGUGGACAAUGAGUGGUAAAGUUUUGGAGUUUUCAAAAACAAAAACAGAGAUUAGCUCUGAGACUACCAAAGUCUUAAUCAUGAGAAAAAAUCUACCAGCUGCUAACGGCGUUCUCCAUAUUAUUGAUAAACCCAUCAAAACUGACAUCAUGGAAACCAUUGGAAGCCCGCAGAGGACAAUCGGUGACAUUCUCGCCAACACGGAAAAAUUCAGCAGAUUUGAGACUUUGUUGGAGAACUGUGGUCUUCCUCCAAUAUUAAAUAAGCAUGGGUCCUUUACUGUAUUUGUUCCAAGCAAUAAUGCUAUCGACUCUUUAAGAGAUGGCAGGUUAAUCUAUCUAUUAACUGAGGGUAAACGUAAACUUUUGGAACUGGUUAAGUAUCAUAUAUCAUCCAUAGCUGCUGUUACUUUAGACAGACUUAUUACAAUGCCGCACAUUCUCACUACAUCAAAUGAGAUUAUUAAGAUCAAUGUGACAGAAAAUGGAAGAAUUCUGUUUGGAGACAAAGGAAUCCCUCUUGAUCAUAGCGACAUCAUUGCUUCUAAUGGUGUCAUCCACUCUUUAGAUGGUAUUUUAAUUUCUUCCGGUAUAUUGCCAAUUCUGCCAUCUAAAUGCAACGAAACACAUGAGGAAGUAAUACAGGGUCCGUGUUCCAGCUGUGAUUCCAAUCCACCAUGUCCGGAAAAUACUACUGACUUGGGAAUAGUUGACCAGGAAUGUAGUUUUGGAACUCCUAGUAAAAUUACCAAGGGCUGUGCCAGAAACUGCAGCCGCUCUGUUAUUGUGAGUGGAUGCUGCGGUGGGUUCUACGGUCAUGAAUGUAAGCCAUGCCCUGGGGGAUACUCUAAUCCGUGCUACGGACGAGGAACUUGUAAUGACGGCAGUCGCGGGAAUGGGAAGUGUGUAUGUUUCCAGAAGUAUAAAGGAAUCGCUUGUCACAUUUGCUCCAAUCCCAAUAAACAUGGCGAAGAAUGUGAAGAAGAUUGCAGGUGUGUACAUGGGAUUUGUGAUAACCGAAGUGGGAGUCGUGGGGUUUGCCAGGGCGGCCGCUGCAAAGAAGGCUACAUUGGAGAAUUUUGUGACCAGCGAUCAGAGUCUUGUGGUCCAUUAAACGUGACACAAUAUUGUCAUCUAAAUGCAGUCUGUGUAUCUACGGGUAACAUCACAAGCUGUCAGUGUGAGAAUGAAUAUGAAGGGGAUGGGAUUUUCUGUCAGCCUGUGGAUGAAUGCAGCACACCAGAACGAGGGGGGUGUUCAGAGAAUGCCAUUUGCACCAUUGCACCAACAGGGGGCAUCACAUGCCAAUGUAAUCCUGGCUGGGCCGGUGAUGGUAUCGAAUGUUUACCUAUCGACAACUGUGCCCUGGAAAAUAGAGGAGACUGCGAUGUUAAUGCCGACUGCAACUUUAUCCAGCCUGGGAUGAACGAUUGCACUUGCAAGAAAGGAUACGUUGGUGAUGGGUAUAUUUGCGACCCAAUUAACAGAUGUUUAGAAAAUAAUGGUGGCUGUCACGAACUGGCUACGUGCAAGCCAACAUCAGGAGGAGAGAGGACAUGUACUUGCCUCGAAGUUUUUGAGGGCAAUGGCUUAACUUGUUAUGGAAAUAUGUUAAUGGAACUGUUGCGGAUGCCAGAUGUGAACACCUUCAAUAAUUUCUUAAAGUUUUCGAAAUUCAAGAUUCCAAACAAUGUUACUGCCCUUGUCCCUUCUGAAGCAGCAUUUGGAGCGCUUACACAGGAGGAUAGACAGUUUUGGUCGAAUCCUUACAGGUUCCCUUUUUUUAUGAGAGCACACUUUUUGCGACAAGCUUUCACUUCCGAUCAACUGAAGAAACACAGUGGUCAGGAAUUGGCUACUCUUGACCCCAGGACUAAAUGGGAGAUACAAAUAAUUAAUGGGAAUCUAACAGUUAACAACGCAAAUGUCAUUGUCAGUGACAUUCCAACUACAAACGGGUUUAUUUUCAUUAUCAACCAGGUUUUGACCCCACCACUUGGAAAUAUACCUCCAGAGCAACCAGGCCUUUACCUAAAAUUAGACCAACUUUCUGCAUUUCAACAGUUUAAACUCGAUUUCCAGAAAUCUGGUCUAAUUCAAGAAAUUGAAUCCUCUAAACAGAAAUACACAAUUUUUGUCCCUGACAAUUCCGCCGUGGCAAAGUUUUACAAUCAGUCCAAAUCUAAUGAAUUGGAUAACCGUACAAUAAAAUACCAUAUUAUACUUGGGGAGAAAUUGUUACCUUCAGACAUAAGAAAUGGGAUGCACAAAGGCACCAUGCUGGGAUCCUCUUACUGGCUGAUGUUUUACAAAAGGUACAACCAGACAUUUGUCCAUGAUGUCCUGCUGAAUGGCACUUUCUUUGAAACAAAUAAUGGAAUGUUGAUGGGAAUAUCAGAAGUCCUGACAAUCCUGAAAAACCGUUGUGAUACCACUAAUAUAAUUGUGAAAAAGACAAAAUGCAACUCUUGUCAUAAAGGGAUUCAGUGUCCAGCGGGCACAGUUCUGCUGGAGCCACUGGGCAAAGGUUCAGGGAAUUGUACAUUCAAACGGAGAAAUAAUGUGAUUCAGGGAUGCAAAUUCAACUGCAUUGAUUCAACAGUUGUUCCCAUGUGUUGUGGUGGAUAUUAUGGACACCAAUGUUUAGUUUGCCCAGGGGGCCUGGGCAAUGUAUGUUCCAAUAAUGGAAAGUGCCUGGAUGGAAUUACUGGAAGUGGAGAAUGUAUCUGCAAAGAAGGUUUUCAUGGAACUGCAUGUGAAUCCUGUGAAGCCGGGAGAUAUGGGAUAGACUGUCAAUCAGAAUGUGACUGUGCCCAUGGAAAGUGUAAUGACGGACUUCAUGGCGAUGGAUCUUGCCAGUGUGAUAAAGGCUGGUCUGGUUUUUCCUGUCAGAUUGAUAAUGAAAAGGAUUUAUGCAAUGGCAGCUGCAGCAAUAAUGCAAAUUGUAUUACAGGACCGGCAAACUCCACUGCAAAAUGCUCAUGCCUUGCCGGCUUUACAGGGAAUGGGACACAUUGCACAGAGUUUGAUGUCUGUACUGUGAACAAUGGGGGAUGCUCGAAAUAUGCAAACUGCUCAAAGGCUGCCUUAGGCCAGGCAUAUUGUGUCUGUGGACAUGGCUAUAAUGGAGAUGGAGUCAUCUGUCUUGAGAUUGAUGCCUGUCUGGAAAAUAAUGGUGGUUGUAAUCCCAGUGCAGAGUGCACCAAGACUGGGCCAAACACAGUUGCUUGCAACUGUCUUCCAGGGUAUGAAGGAGACGGUGUACAGACCUGCAAAAGCAUCAACAUCUGCCUAAAGGAAGAUAAUGGUUGCAGUGUAUAUGCCUUUUGCGUACCUACUGGGCCAGCUAAGCGUAUCUGCAUAUGCAGGUCGUUUUUUAUCGGUGACGGAAUAACCUGCUCAGGACCCAUCAUACAGGCACUAUACCAUAAUCCAGAAAUGCGUCCCUUCCUUGUAAAAAUGCAGGACAAUGACAUUAAGGAUUUAUAUGGAAAUGGACCAUUUACAGUAUUCAUCCCCCAGAAACAGGCUAUCCAAAACAGCAGCCUGCUUGUAUCCAGGAAGGAUGAACUUAAAAAAUACUUACUUCGCUAUCAUAUGGUAGGCUGUCAACAGAUACUAGUUGAUGAUCUUAAGAAAUUGUCCUCGAUAACUCCGAUUUCUGGAGGCAUCAUAAGAAUUUCUACAAAGAAUGAUGAAGUGUAUUUAAAUGACUUUGCAAGAAUAAUAAAGAGCGAUGAAAUUGCAAGCAACGGUGUAGUCCACUUUAUUGACAAGGUUUUAAUCCCAGAAGAUCCAACAAACACAAGUGAAAAUGCGAUAAAUAUGACUGAUGUUGCAGAUUACCAUGGCUAUUCCAAAUUCAUCCAACUUCUAAAGAAUUCCAGUGUGCUGUCCCUUGUGAAUGAUAAACUCCACCAACCUCUCACAAUGCUGUGGCCUACAGAUAAAGCUUUUGAUUCUCUUCCGGAGGAACGGAAGAAGUGGUUGUAUGAUGAAGACCACAUAGACAAACUUAAUGCUUACUUGAAAGUGCACAUUAUUCGAGAUUCAAAGAUUACUUCAGCAACCAUGCUUGAAGCCAAGUCACCUAGGACAUUGCAUGGUUCCACAAUCUCUUUUCAAUGCAGCACAACCAACAUUGGGGAUAUUCUGGUGAAUGAAAACAGUGCUAGGAUCAUCCAGAGGAACAUGGAAUUUAUUGGAGGAAUUGCUCACGGGAUUGAUCAGCUGCUGGAACCUCCUAACAUUGGAGCCCGCUGUGAUGAGUAUGCGGUGUCGGAUUACAUACAAUCCGGGGAUACAUGUUCAGUGUGUGGCAUGGAGCGUCCGUGUCCUAUCGGAACAGUUGAUCGGGGAGAGAUAGAACAGUGUACUCUAAUGAGGAGGCGCUAUAAUUUCUAUUCUACCCACCUUUAUUCACCUGUAUAUCCGCGCAGUAGAUUUCCAACAUACCAAUCCGGAUGGCGUAAUCGAGGCUGCACUAGGAAAUGCUACACUUUUGCAUGGACACAACGUUGCUGUAAAAACCAUUACGGCAUAGAUUGCCAUGUGUGUCCCGGUGGUGUGGAGGCGCCAUGCAGUUAUCGUGGAACAUGUAUGGAUGGACUUGCAGGAACAGGAAAGUGCAACUGUAACCAACAAUUUAAUGGGACAGCUUGUGAAAUUUGUGCCCCUAACAGAUAUGGCUAUUAUUGCAAAGAAUGUACCUGCUCAGAACAUGGCCAAUGCAAUGAUGGGAUUUCCGGGGACGGAUCUUGUUUCUGCGCUGAAGGAUGGUCUGGUCAGAACUGUGAAACCAAACUAGCAACCAGUCCUGUUUGCUCACCAGAAUGCGAUGGUAAUGCCACAUGUAGAGUCAAUAAUGAAUGUGACUGUAAUCCCUUUUAUGAGGGAGAUGGAAGAAUAUGCAGCGUGAUUGACCAAUGCCGUGAGUACAAUGGUGGUUGCAGUAUCCAUGGGCAGUGUUCUCAGGUUGGGGUAAAAGUCUCAUGUGCAUGUUUUCCUGGAUAUGAAGGAGAUGGAUAUAUCUGCACUCCCAUCAAUGUCUGUGCAAAUGGUGAAAAUGGGGGAUGUAGUGAACAUGCAACAUGUAUAUACACUGGCCCGAACUCGCGGAGAUGUGAAUGUCAUGAUGGUUAUGUGGGUAAUGGGGUCCAGUGUCUAGAGAAAGCUAUUCCACCUGUGGACCAUUGCCUAGAAGUAAAUGGAGACUGCGAUCCACUGGCAAUCUGUUCUGAUCUGCACUUUGAAGAAAAGACUGCAGGUGUUUUUCACUUGCAAUCACCAAAUGGAAAAUAUAAACUGACAUAUGCGGAGGCAGAAAGCGCCUGCAUGGCGGAAGGAGCCAGCAUCGCCACGUUCCAACAGCUCUCUGCAGCCCAGCAGCUGGGCUAUCACCGUUGCUUUGUUGGAUGGCUCUACAACGGGACAGCAGGUUAUCCCACAGUGACUCCCAGCGCAAACUGUGGGUUAAAUCAUAUUGGAAUUGUGGACUACAAACAGCGCUCAAACAGAAGUGAGACUUGGGACGUAUACUGUUACCGUUUCCGAGACGUACAAUGCCAGUGUACUGAUGGGUACGUGGGAGAUGGGAGUUACUGCAAUGGAAACCUACUGGAAGUAAUGGAGGCGAAUCCUAAACUCUCCAAAUUCUACUCUAUGAUUCUUGAUUAUGGUAAUUCCAGUGCCCAGGGCUCAACGUUUCUGGAUAUCCUGUCAAAUAGAACAUCAUUUAAAACCUUAUUUGUGCCAGAAGAUGGCAGCUUUGAGGACAAUACAACUUUAACAUGGCGAGACUUGGAGCAUCACAUAUCCAAACUGGACGUACUCGUUCCAUACACAAAUCUUACACAUGGGAGUACUCUGCUUUCUAACAUAGGAUGUAAUCUUUCAAUUUCAGAACAACCCACUAAUUGCUCCCAACCCCUGUGUCCUAAAAUUGUAAACGAUAAGGCAAUAAUCGAGUGGGAUAUCCCAGCCUUCAAUGGAAUUAUUCAUAUUAUAAAGGGACCAUUAAGAGCACCCCCUGUGAAGGAGGCAACCGAGAGCCAAAUAUCUCAUCCGAUAGCUGCAGGACUGGUCACGGUGAUAGUGAUUAUACUGACUGUGAUCGCAGCUUCCGCCAGUUACUUCUACUACAGACAGCGGUUUAGCGGCUUUCGCUUCAGGCACUUCAAGGCUGAAGAUGACGACAUGGAUCUGCAAGACAGUGCGAAUCCCCCACUGGUCUCCAUUCCAAACCCAGUCUAUGGCGUCAAUAGCUCCUUCUUUGAGCAAUUUGAGGAUCCAUACACAGAUGAAGACUCUUCUGCUACCAAAAUUCUUCAUUAACCAAAUGACAAACCUGAUGUUUACAUUUUUGUGGGGUUACCUUCUCCAAUGACGACAAGGUCCUCAGCAGACAUCCUAUGAAAAAGGCACUUGAUCAUACAUGUUUACAUAUAUAUUUGUAAAUUAGAGUAUCUGUAUAUGACAUAAUACUGAUUGAUUCUGUAUCUGAUUAUUUCAGAAAAUAAUCUAGCUUCUAGCACAGUGGUGGAAGUGGAAGAAAUUUGCUGCUGUUUUUGUAAAGUGUUAGAAGUACGGUUGGGGAAACUUGUUUACAUAGUAUGAAAUAAAAAAAAUGGAAAUA